UUUGGAUUCCCGAGGCCCUGGCUGGUGUUGUGGUUCCUCGCUGUGUAGUCCCGGCCGUCGCCAUGGUGAAGCUGAGCAAAGAGGCCAAGCAGAGGCUGCAGCAGCUCUUCAAGGGUGGCCAGUUUGCUAUCCGCUGGGGCUUUAUUCCUCUCGUGAUUUACCUGGGAUUUAAGAGGGGUGCAGAUCCUGGAAUGCCUGAACCAACUGUUUUGAGCUUACUUUGGGGAUAAAGGACCAUUUGGUCUUCUGGAUUUGGAAGCAGUCAAUGGACAGGAACAACAUGGAAGGUGUGCGCACUGGCUGGGAUAAGAGACGAGACAUCGUUCCGACGUUCACCAGUUGAAUGACACAGGGCUCUUACUUCUCAGAUGCAUUGUAGCAGAGUGGAACCUCUACUGACUUAUUUAUGAUAGACUAUCAAAAUAAAUGGUUUUAACAAUGUUA